AUGUCGGAAGAGGCAAACCCACAAGCUGCCGUCGUGCCCUCUCCUGCAGCAGAGCCUGUACCAGUUUCUGAUGCCAUGGCACAUCCAGAAGUGAGGGCGGAUGCAAAUGGGGCAGUCCCCAAUGGUGCUCCCGAGGUGGCUACUGAACCCAAGGAAGUCGCGAUACCUACAACAAACGACGCGCCUGCACCUACUGAAUCUACAAAACAAGAAGAGACAAACGACAAACAAACCAGGCCUGAGGACGUCACACAAGACAAACCUGCACCCCCACAAGAAGACACCGAUAUGGCGGACAGUACAAAGCAUGAUGGCGAUGCAGCACCAGCCGGUGAUGAAUCUGCUGAACCGACCACUGACACGCCAGCUUCGACCGGCAAGGGCAAAGCUCGUCGCAAGUCAGGCGGGAUUCCAGAGCACAAGGGCAAGAAACUGAACAAGAAGGCCUCGAAGGCAAAGCUGACCCAUGCUGACGCUAAGCCCGGCGAUUACUUCUACGUCAGAUUGAAGGGGUAUCCAUUGUGGCCUGCAAUCGUCUGUGACGAGAGCAUGCUCCCCAACACCCUGAUCAAGACAAGACCAGUCACGGCUGCGAGACCCGAUGGCAAAUAUCGUGAUGACUUCGAGGAUGGCGGACCCAAGGUCAAGGAUCGGUCAUUCCCUGUCAUGUACCUGCACACAAACGAGUUUGGUUGGAUCCCCAACUACGAUCUAGUUGAUAUGGACUUUGAUGAAGUCGGGAACGUCUCGGCGAAUAUGAGAAAGGAUUUGGCUGCUGCACAUCAACUUGCUGCCGAACAACACGACUUAGACUACUUCAAGGAUAUUUUGAAGAGUUUUAUGGAGGCCCGCGAAGCUGAACGUGCAGCAAAGGAAGCAGCAAAAGCCGAGAAAAAGGCAAAGAAGGCAGCUGCGAAGAAGGAAAAGAAGACACCGAAGGUCGUUGAGGAUGGGGACGAUGAGGACAUUGAUAUGGCCGACGCACCCGGUGAAGUGGACUCAGAGGCGCCAGGCAUGACAGCAGUUGAGGAGCCUAAAACUAAGAAGCGCAAGCCCCCUAUCACAGCAGAAGAUACCCCACAGCGCGACUCCGUCAAGAAGCCUCGGACUAGCAUCAAAUUGAAUACCACACCGAAGGCACCAAAUGGUACAUCUACCCCAAAAUCCGCCAAGGACUCUACAACCAAAUCCACGAAGCCCAAGACCAAAAAGUCCGCUCCCAAGGCACCGGAGACCCCUGAGGUCGUAGUGCCAAAGGAACCCGAAAUGACAGCUGAGGAGAAGCGAGCCAAGAAGGAGAAAGAGAUUCUGUUCUUGCGACAUAAACUUCAAAAAGGCCUAUUGACCAGAGACCAGGAUCCAAAGGAGGAAGAAAUGAAGCAAAUGUCGGAAUAUGUCCUCAAACUCGAAGGUUAUGCAGAUCUCGAGGUCAGCAUCAUUAGAGCCACAAAGAUCAACAAGGUGCUCAAGGCUAUCUUGAAACUGAACACCAUUCCCAAGGAAGAGGAUUUCCGCUUCAAACCUCGAUCUCAAAGUCUUCUCGACAAGUGGAACAAGCUCCUCGCAAGCGAGCAGGGCACUCCGGCUGCCGCUCCGGCAAAUACCAAUGGAGCUCCCACUGAGACGAAGACGGACGCGGAGGAGGGCAAAGCUUCUCCAGCGGAGCCUACAAACGGCAACAAAGAGUCUCCCACAGAGGAGAAGGCUGAGGAGAAAACCCAAGAAGAUGCUCCGCUAGCUGAGUCGUCAGUCCCAGAGGCUAAGGACAUUCCAGCAGUUGGCGAAACCGCCCCUGCUCCAUCAAUUGAAGAGCCUUCGAAAGUAAUGCCAUUUUCACUUAUAUCACAACCACGAGAAGAUAAGGCUAACAGUUGCCCAGGAAUCGAUUCCAGAACCAGUCCCAGUAGAAACUUCUACUUAAAUAGCUAA